GCGCGGGCGGCUCCGUGAAGCCUUCGGCGCCUGUCGCCCGUGCGCGGCCAUGGCGAGCCUCUUGCCGUGGCGGGCAGCUGUGGCCUGCCGCCGCCUUCUCCUUUUACCCUCUCCACCCCCAGGUUUGGCGGCAGCGCGGCGCAGCAGCUCGGCGCUGCCCGCUGCCCUGGUACGCCAGGGCGGCUUGGUGGGCGGCCAAUGGGUGGAGACGCCUGCCGCUUUUCCCGUACAGGACCCGGCCAGCGGCCAGGAACUGGCCCGGGUGGCCGACUGCGGGGCGGCCGAGGCGCGGGCGGCUGUGCGGGCCGCGCAUGAGGCCGGCGCCGUAUGGAGCCGCCUCCCCGCCAAGGAGAAGAGCGUGCGCCUACGGAGAUGGUACGAGCUGAUGAUAGAGAACAAGGACGAGCUGGCGAGGAUCAUAACAGCUGAGAACGGGAAGCCUCUGAAAGAAGCACAGGGUGAAAUCCUGUAUUCUGCCUCUUUUCUGGAGUGGUUUGCAGAGGAAGCUCGCCGGGUUUAUGGUGAUGUCAUUCCAGCAUCUGCAAAAGACAGAAGAAUUCUGGUGCUGAAGCAGCCAGUAGGAGUGGCAGCCAUUAUAACCCCAUGGAAUUUCCCCAGUGCUAUGAUUACCCGGAAGGUUGGUGCAGCUCUGGCAGCUGGCUGUACAGUGGUAGUGAAACCUGCAGAGGACACACCUUUAUCAGCAUUAGCUCUUGGGGAGCUUGCAAACCAGGCUGGAAUUCCAGCAGGAGUGUAUAAUGUUGUUCCUUGUUCCAGACAGCAGACACCAGCUGUAGGGGAAGUUCUGUGCACUGAUCCACUGGUAGCAAAGAUAUCUUUUACUGGCUCUACAGCAACAGGAAAGAUACUGCUGAAACAUGCAGCUGGCACUGUGAAGCGAGUUUCCAUGGAGCUUGGAGGACAUGCUCCUUUUAUAGUGUUUGACAGCGCCAACGUGGACCGUGCUGUUGCAGGAGCCCUUGCUUCCAAGUAUAGAAAUUCAGGGCAGACCUGUGUUUGCACAAACCGUUUCCUGGUGCAAAAGGGAAUCCAUGAUAAAUUUGUGGAAAAAUUUGCUAAAGCUAUAGAGAGCGAGCUACACGUCGGAAAUGGAUUUGAUGCAAAAACUACCCAAGGGCCACUAAUUAAUGAAAAAGCAGUGGAGAAGGUAGAGAGACACAUCAGUGAUGCAGUUUCUCAAGGAGCUUCUAUAGUGACUGGAGGGAAACGACACAGCUUGGGGAAGAAUUUCUUUGAGCCAACAUUGCUCAGUAACGUUACAACAAAAAUGCUUUGCACCCAAGAGGAGACAUUUGGCCCUUUAGCACCAGUAAUCAAAUUUGAGACUGAAGCAGAAGCUGUUGCUAUAGCAAACGCUGCUAAUGUGGGUUUAGCAGGAUAUUUCUAUUCCCAAGAUCCAGCUCAGAUCUGGAGAGUUGCAGAACAGCUGGAAGUUGGAAUGGUUGGUGUCAAUGAAGGCAUAAUCUCCUCAGUGGAAUGUCCUUUUGGUGGGGUAAAAGAGUCUGGCUUAGGGCGAGAGGGUUCAAAAUAUGGCAUUGAUGAAUACUUAGAAAUCAAGUAUGUCUGCUUUGGAGGCUUAUAAAAAUGGUCAAAAAGCAGCAUUCUAACAGCUUGGAGAAGAGUGCUCUAGUUUUAAUAAGCUUCUUAACCAGACAUCUGUAUGAAUGCAACUUCUACCUUCUUAAAACUAAGCACCCCUGUUCUGUACAUGUAGAGAUAAUUGCAGUAUUCUGUGCUGCCAUAUGUUUUCACAUGUUCUGUAUUUAUGUAUUCAGGGUUUCAGCAAUGUUAUCACAAUGUCCAUCAUUUUUAGUACAGAGUAGGGGAGAGUGCACAUUUAUUAUUCUUGGAUUACCUCUGUGUAACCAGGAGGAUUUGGACACUUGUCCAUCAUGAAAAUAACCUAUGGCAAGGGGAAACUAGACCACCAUUUUCUACUGUUUCCAAGUGUUUUGGUGUGGAUGGGGGAGGCUUUGAGGAUGGCAGUCUCCCUUUAGAAUCUUGUGU